AUGACUGGGGGGCAGCCAGCCCGGGCCACAGAGCUACUCAGCCUGCGCCAUAGCAAUACCCUCCAUGGCCGCCACCGCAAUAUAUUUAUUGAGCACGGGCUCGUGAGCACCGUCACCACCUACCAUAAGGGGUAUUCUAUUAAUAACACCACCAAGAUCAUCCACCGGUAUCUGCCAAAGGCUGUUAGUGAGCUAGUAGUCUACUACCUAUGGCUUAUCCUGCCCUUCUGCCAGGCCCUGCAGAAGCUGGUCUAUGGGCAGAAGGGCCCGGCCUCUGCCUUCCUAUGGCCGGCGGGGGAGGGGAGCUGGGAUAGCAGCCAGCUGCGCAAGGUCCUCCAGCGCGAGGCACGGACCCAUCUACAGACCAAGAUGAAUAUCCUGUCCUACCGGCACGCAGCUAUUGCCAUCUCCCGCAUACACCUGAAAUGUGGGGGGUUUAAGCGGGACUAUGGGGCAGAUGAUGCAGCCUUUAAUGAGCAGGCUAGCCAUGGGUCCUGGAUUGCAGGCACUGUAUAUGCGCGGGGGCUACAGGAGGCACCAGGCCAUGUAGAGGCACGACGGUGCCAAUACCGGGCCAUUAGUCGCGAAUGGCAUGGGUUCCUGGGGUUUGAGACCUACCUAGGGCCCCGUAAACGGCCGGCGCAGGAUGACCUUAGGCAAGAUCCUUAUUGCUUAUUCAUUGCCUCUACCAUGGAAUCUAUGCGUAAGCAUUGGCGAACUAUUCAUGAGUGGUCCCAGCAGACCCAUCGCGGGCGGGCAGGCCCAAAGGAGAAGGCUAGGGGUGAGGCAGAGCUACAGCAGUCAUUCCAAUAUGUCUCAUGGCAGCAGGUGUUCCCUAGUGGUCCAGGGUCACACUAUAUCCAUAUUCGCUAUCCAGAUGGGCAGCCACCCGCCCCAUCCACCGACCAUAUCCAGACUGCAGUGGAUGAGGUGGUACAGGCCUGGGAGCAGGCGCAGGCCCGGGCUAAGGCCGAUCAGGCCAUCCAGGCCAGCCAGUUGACGGACGCGAACCCCUGGCUGCGCAUGACUCGGUGGGCUGAUUACCUGCAGGGCAUCCAGGCCCAUGACCUGCUAGCCUGCGUGGCGGCCCCGGAGGAAGACCCCACAGAUGCUAUAGAGCAGGCAGUGCAGGUGAUCUGGCAUACCAUGGAGCAGGUGGCCCGCAAGAGCCAGCAGACAGUCCAGCAAUGUGGCCAGGCCAUCCGGGUUGAAGCUGUCCGGUCUGAAAAGGGGCAGACCCCGUACCGGCCGCUGCUGGCAUAUAUGGAUGAGGCGGCGAUCAAGAAACAUGCCCCGCACGAUUGGGCCAGCCCUCAAUAUGGGAUGACUGCCUGGCAGCGCCAGAAAUGGCAGCAGCUAUGGCAGCUCACUAGCCAGGCUGCAGUGCCAGGGGACCUGGAGGACCUCGAGGCAUGGGCCAUGACUGCCAUGGAAAAAGCAUGCUUAGAAUUUUGCAUUAAGCUGCUCAACCAGCGCCAUUGCAGCCACGAAUACAAGAGCGCAUUAGUAUGCGCCAUGGCCGUGCUGGGCCAGGGUGAGGCUGGCUGGCAGGACCCCGAGAGCUACCCCCCGAUAUUAUCCCGUGUGAUCAAGGUGGCCUGA